AUGCUUUCUGCAGUUUUGAAGAACCAGAAUUUGAAGCGUUCGGGGCUUAAACCCCUUAUCAGUGCUACACGGACGGCCAAACAAGGUCUGGCAACAGCGGCGUCCGAUACCGGUGGAGAUAAAGUUGACCUAAGUGCCACAGUCGAGAUUGAGCUACCAGAAACGUCAUUUGAAGGUUAUAUGUUGGAUGUGCCAGAACUCACGUACACGACGACGAAGUCGAACUUGCUUCAAAUGUACAAGGAUAUGAUUAUUGUGAGAAGAAUGGAAAUGGCUUGUGACGCGCUUUACAAAGCCAAAAAAAUCCGUGGAUUUUGUCAUUUGUCCGUCGGACAAGAAGCCAUCGCCGUCGGAAUUGAAAACGCCAUUACAAGACGUGAUACUGUGAUUACGUCAUACAGAUGUCACGGUUUCGUUUAUAUGAGAGGCGCGCCUGUUCAAAGCGUAUUGGCGGAAUUGAUGGGUAGACGGUCUGGUGUUUCGUUUGGUAAAGGUGGGUCCAUGCACAUGUAUGCGCCUGGAUUUUACGGUGGUAAUGGUAUUGUGGGUGCGCAGGUUCCUCUGGGUGCAGGUUUGGCGUUUGCGCAUCAAUACAAGAACGAAGACGCGUGCUCUUUCACCUUGUACGGUGACGGUGCUGCUAACCAGGGUCAAGUGUUUGAGUCUUUCAACAUGGCCAAAUUGUGGAAUUUGCCCGCUGUUUUUUGCUGUGAAAACAACAAGUACGGUAUGGGUACAGCCGCAUCCAGAUCUUCUGCGAUGACCGAGUAUUUCAAGCGCGGUCAGUACAUUCCCGGUUUGAAAGUGAACGGAAUGGACAUUUUGGCAGUUUACCAAGCUUCCAAGUUCGCCAAGGACUGGGCUGUCUCUGGUAACGGUCCACUCGUUCUAGAAUAUGAGACCUACAGAUACGGUGGUCACUCUAUGUCUGACCCGGGUACCACCUAUAGAACCAGAGACGAGAUUCAACACAUGCGGUCCAAGAACGAUCCAAUUGCGGGUCUAAAGAUGCAUUUGUUGGAGCUCGGAAUUGCGACCGAAGAAGAAAUUAAGGCCUACGACAAGUCUGCUAGAAAAUACGUUGACGAACAAGUUGAGCUCGCAGACGCUGCCCCAGCUCCUGAGGCGAAAAUGUCCAUUUUGUUCGAAGACGUUUACGUUCCAGGCAGCGAAACUCCAACUUUGAGAGGAAGAGUUUACGACGAUACGUGGGAUUUCCAAAAGAAGGGUUUUGCUUUUAGAGACUAA